CCUUGAUUAUGAAAUUUAUAGUUUAUUCAUCACUGAAAGAUCUCAUCAAUACAUGUCAAAAUUGUUAAAGGUUUAAUUUUUGAAAUAAUAUCUAAUUUUGUAAUGUUAGAAAAUGGGUUUCUUCUUUGACGCGCUUACCGAGAGAUUUUCUUCGAAAUUCUCAUCCAAUUGGUCUCGACUCUUGACCAAACCCAUAGUUAGCGCCAGGCAGUGUGAGAUGCAGCAGAAACAAAGAUUACUUUCAGCUGUUGUAGGCAAGAAACACUUGCAAGAUAUAAUUUGUAAGCAACUUCUGCAGAUACCGACUCCAAAGUUCCAAACGAUUGGCCGAAGGCCGAGCGGUACUACAAGUCUCUACUGUAAUUCUGGCGAUAGAGUGCUAGAUGCUCGAAUCAGUAAUUGGAUGGAAUGGGAUAAAAACCCACAAACCAAAGCUCAAAUCAUUGGAGCCAUCAAGCAAGAAGAUUGGGAAACGCUUCAGCAUUGCAUGGGCAAUCGCAUGAAAUUUGGUGUUGAGGGCUUACGAGCCCCCAUGCGAGCUGGUUUCAAUGCUAUGAACGAGCUGGUUGUCAUACAGACCGCUCAAGGAAUCUGUGCUUACCUAAAGCAGGAAUAUCCCGAUGAAAGCAUCUGGUCGGAGAAAGGUAUUGUUAUUGGAUACGAUGCUCGCUACAAUAGUCAACUCUUUGCACAAUUGUCGUCGAUUGUGUUUUUGAACAACAAAUUUCGCGUAUAUCUAUUUGGGAAUUUUGUUCCCACACCCUUUGUGCCAUUCACAAUUUCGGAGCUCGGCUGUUUGGCAGGCAUAAUGGUCACAGGGUCCCAUUACCCCAAGAAUUUUAACGGAUAUAAAGUUUAUUGGACAAACGGAGCACAAAUCACAACACCUCACACUACGGGUAUUCAGCGCUGUAUUCUAAAGAAUUUGAAACCUAAGAAAGAUUCAUGGAAUCAGCAUGUUUUGUGUUCCAAUGACUUGUUGAGUAAUCCGUUUGAAGAAAUUCUAGUGGCUUAUUUUCAGUCGCUGAAGUCGCAGCUAAUCACUCCGUUUCUAGAGGUCCCUCAAAAAUAUCCCUUGGAUCACAUUUACACGGCGAUGAAUGGCGUCGGCUAUCCAUUUGUUAAAUUGGCCUUUAGCACCAAUGACUUCGGACCAGUUAUACCUCUGGCAAAUCAAGUCAGUCCCGAUCCAGAAUUCCCAAGCACACCUGUGCUGCGAGUUUCAGUGGCCUCGGCUGAGCGACAGGCAACGCUCAAGAAAGCCGACAUCAUCUUGGCCAACGAUCCGGAUGCCGGUUGUUUUGCUGCGGCCGAAGUAGUCAGAAGAAAAUAUAAGGUCUUUAAUUUCAACGAGCUGGGUGCCCUCUUCGGCUGGUGGGCGUUAGAGACUUAUGUGAUGCGCGAGGAAGAUCCAGAUGUAUCCAAUUGCGUGAUGAUCGCCAGCAAUGUUAGCUCAAAAAUAUUGAAGUCGAUGGCGGAAGUCGAGGGGUUCACGUUUCUUGAGACCCUCAGCGGCUUCAACUGGAUCGGCAACAAGGUGGCUGAAGAGCAAAACAACGGAAGAGAUGUGCUCUUCGCAUUCGAUGAAUUGUUUGGCUUUAUGCUAUCCGCAAAAGUGCUCGAUAGGGAUGGUAUAAGUGCCGCGGCUCACUUGGCCUCAAUGGCAUCCUAUCUGCGAUCAGAAAGGAACAUAAAAUUGCAGGAUAAAUUGAACGAAAUAUACAACAAUUAUGGAUAUCACACAAGCAAAGUGUCCCAACACUUGUUUCAUAAUCGGCGGACUGUUAAUCAAAUCUUCCAUCGUCUGCGCACAUUCGACAAUGGCCAGAAGAAUACAUAUCCAACGAGCAUCAUGGACGGUGAAUUUCAGAUCGUAAGUGUGCGAGAUCUGAAAACUGGCUAUGACAGUGGCGAAAACGAUAAACAAGCGGAUCUACCGUCAAGUAAAGCUAACGAAAUGAUAACGUUUACAUUCAGUAAUGGAUUUGUGAUAACACUGCGUGCUAGUAAAACUGAGCCCAUGAUAACGUAUUAUGCCGAAAUUUGUGGACAGCCGGAGAAUAAAAUGUGGAGUGAGUUAACGUGCACGCUUGAACAAAUGGUGAGGGCUGUUGUAAACGAGUUUUAUGAACCCGAAAAAAAUGGACUUCGUUCUUCGAAGCCAGACCCCGGGAAUUUAAGCAAAGUUUGUAUGUAUGCGGUGUGAUUUGGAUCAGUUGAACAAC